CCUCGAACCACCCACAUCGAGAAAAUGUCAAACAAAGAAAAAAACCCUAACGGAAUCUGCAAAACCAUCCCAAACCUCAUCUCCUCCUUCGUCGACACCUUCAUCGACUACUCCUUCUCCGGCACCUUCCCGCCGCACUUCCCCACCCCUCCUCCACCUCACCCGAUCCCGCAAACGCGUUUCUCCUCCCCGGACCGCCUCGUCGCCAUCGGCGACCUCCACGGCGACCUCGAGAAAUCCAAGGAAGCCUUCCGACUCGCCGGAUUAAUCGAUUCCUCCGAUCGAUGGACAGGCGGAUCCACCGUGGUCGUCCAAGUCGGCGACGUGCUCGAUCGCGGCGGAGACGAGGUUAAGAUACUCUACUUCCUCGAGAGGCUGAAGCGCGAGGCGGAGAGGAGCGGAGGUAAGGUUGUGACGAUGAACGGUAACCAUGAGAUUAUGAACGUAGAAGGCGACUUUAGGUAUGUUACCAAGAAAGGAUUAGAGGAAGUUAAAGUUUGGUUAGAUCUGUAUUGUUUAGGGAAUCAGAUGAAGAGUUUGUGUAAAGGUCUUGAGGAGAAGUUUGAAGAUCCUUACGAAGGGGUUCCCACGUGGUUCCCACGUGCGAACCCGGAGUGUUUCGAAGGGAUUAGGGCUAGGAUUGCUGCUUUGAGACCUGGGAGUCCGGUUGCUAAGAGGUUCUUGGGGAGGAAUCAGACGGUUGCUGUUGUUGGUGACUCGGUGUUUGUUCAUGGAGGUCUUUUAGCUGAGCAUGUAGAGUAUGGACUUGAGAGGAUUAAUGAGGAGGUUAGGGAUUGGAUUAAUGGUUUAGGAGGAGGAGGAGGGAGGUAUGCUCCUGUGUAUUGUAGAGGAGGGAACUCUGUGGUGUGGUUGAGGAAGUUUUCUGAUGAGAGGCCUUAUAAGUGUGAUUGUGAAGCUCUUGAGCAUGCGCUUUCGACUAUUCCGGGUGUUAAGAGGAUGAUUAUGGGGCAUACGAUACAGGAUGGUGGGAUUAAUGGUGUUUGUGAUGAUAAAGCUAUUAGGAUUGAUGUGGGGAUGUCUAAAGGGUGUUCGGAUGGGUUGCCUGAGGUUUUGGAGAUUCGUAAGGGCUCUGGUGUGAGGGUUGUUACGUCGAAUCCGUUGUAUAAGGAGAAGGGUGGUGAUAGUAAAAUUGGUUUGGGGUUGUUGGUACCAGCUGAACAUGUUCCUAAGCAAGUGGAAGUCAAAGCUUAAACUGAUUGUCUUUGUUUAGAUGGAUGAUUUGUUUUGCUGGUGGAGCAGUAUUGGAUUCUUUGUAUGAAGAUGAGCAGAUUCUUGUGCUCUUCUUUGAGCAAAUUAUUGUGGUUUCCAUUUAUGAGAAGGUUAGACAAUGUUUGUAACCCAAUAAUAUCAGGUUAAAGAUUAACUAUUUGGUUCACACUAAUGUAACCUAUUGAAUCUGUGUUGGUAUGAGUUAUGGUAAGUU